CAAGGUGUAUGUUUUAUUAUCUGUGGAUUUUACAAUGAUUCACAGUUUGUUUAUCAUCAACCAUUCAGGGGAUAUAUUUCUGGAAAAACAUUGGAGAAGUGUUUUGGGACGCUCUGUUUGUGAUUAUUUCUUUGAAGCUCAAGGAAAGGCUACUUCUCCAGAAGACAUUCCUCCUGUAAUUGCAACAGGAUUCAGUUAUCUCAUCAGUAUAUUUCGCCAUGAUCUCUUCUUUGUUUCUGUUGUUGAAAAUGAAGUUCCACCUUUGUUUGUGAUUGAAUUUCUUCAUCGAGUCAUUGACUUGAUCAAAGAAUAUUUCUCUGACUGUACUGAAACAAUCAUAUUUAAAGAAAAUUGUGUCAUCGUAUAUGAGUUAUUGGAAGAGAUGUUGGAUAAUGGAUUCCCUCUUGCUACAGAGUCAAAUGUUCUUAAAGAGUUGAUAAGACCUCCUAGUAUAGUUAGAAAUGUUGUUAAUAAAGUGACUGGAGACAGCAAUAUGAGCAGUCAUCUCCCAACUGGUCAAUUGUCCAAUGUUCCAUGGAGGAGAAGUGGUGUAAAAUAUGCAAAUAAUGAGAUUUAUUUUGAUGUAGCCGAAAGCAUUGAUGCCAUCAUUGAUAAACAGGGAUCCACCAUAUUUUCAGAAAUACAAAGAACUAUUGACUGCAACUGUAAAUUAUCUGGCAUGCCUGAGUAACUAUGCGACCAUUGUUUGCAAUGCUGCGUGUCAUGUUUCAAGAGGUUUAUUAACGUUUCAGAGUGGAUAAUUUCAAAA